AUGUCUGAUUUAAAUUGUUUUUUAGAAAAAAUUAAAGUAUUACCUCAUCAAAAAUCACAAGCAAAUUCAAAAGCUGUCGGCUUGUUCUUCACAUCAUCAAUUUUUAUAAUAAUUUCACUAAUUUUAAUUGGGUUACUACCAACAACAUGCCAAUCAGCAGAGGAGAUAUGGCCUGCCUCAUCAACUGCCCCAAGUGUUAUGAUUGCAAUUCUGUUGCGUAACAAGGCCCACACCCUGCCAUGGUUCCUGCAUUAUCUUGAGAAGUUAGACUAUCCUAAAAACAGGAUAAGACUCUGGUUAGAAAUCGACCACAAUGUUGACAAUUCAGUCUCCAUGAUGAAGAAGUGGUUGGGAAGAGUUCAAAGCCAAUACAACAAAGUGGAUUUCGUUGAUGACGACUCAGAAAUCAAUUACCCUGAUGCCUAUGGACCCUACCAUUGGUCAAAAAAACGGGUCAGCAAUAUUUUGAGAUUGAGGCAGGAAGCUCUCAACUCAGCCCGGAAUACAUGGACUGAUUUUCUAUUGUUUGUGGAUGCUGAUAACUUUCUACUGAAUGAUCAAGUUUUGAAAGAACUGAUGAGACAUGACAAACCAAUCAUAAGCCCAAUGAUGAACGUUACCGCGUCUGAUUACUACUCCAAUUUCUGGGGGGAUGUUGCUCCGAAUGGCUACUACAAGCGCUCAGAUGACUACGAAGACAUCUUACACAAAGUUAAAACAGGAGCCUUCCAAGUGCCAGUAGUGCAUUCAACGAUGCUCAUACAGACCAGACUGCAGAUCACCAACUCCCUGGCCUACGACCCACCACCUCCUAACUAUGAAGGGCCCAUUGAUGACAUCAUCAUCUUCGCUUUCAGUGCCAGAUACCAUAAGGUACCAAUGUACAUAUUAAACGAGAACUUCUAUGGCAUGAUGCUUAUUCCACUUGGAGAUGAAGACACCAUUGAAGAUGAGAAGGAACAGUUCUUACACAUGAAACUCCAGGCUAUUGUUGAUGACGUGACCCUCGAGAAACUCCCCUACCUGGAUGCCCCUGCACGUCCCCCCGAUAAAUUGGGAUUUGAUGAGAUAUUCAUGAUCAACCUCGUUCGAAGACCAGAAAGGAGAGACAAAAUGAUCCGAUGUUUCAAGGAACUUGGCAUCAACGCCACCAUCUUUGAUGCUGUGGAUGGCAAGCAGUUAAAUGAUAGUUUCCUGAAUAGUUGGAAUGUGAAAGUGCUGAAGUCUUAUGCUGAUCCAUAUCAUGGAACACGGACACUGACAAUGGGUGAGAUCGGAUGCUUCCUUAGUCACUACUUCAUAUGGUUACAAGUGGUGAACAGGAACCUCUCAAAGGUGAUCAUAUUCGAAGAUGAUGUGAGGUUCUCAAGAGACUUCAGGGGUAAGUUGAAGGCAGUUAUGAGUGACAUCGACAAGAUGGAAAUACCGUGGGAUCUGUUAUAUUUAGGUCGCAAGAAGUUAUUUGAAGAUGGAGAGCCAUUUGUGGGCGAUAGUGAAACCCUAGUCUGGCCUCUCUACUCUUAUUGGACAAUAGGCUAUGCAUUGUCUUAUGCAGGGGCAUUCAAGUUGGUGCAUGAAGAUCCACUGCCCAAGAUGGUUCCUGUCGAUGAAUACCUCCCAAUCAUGUUCGACAACCACCCGAGGGAAGACUGGCAAGAACAUUUUGAGAACAGAAACCUGGUAGCCCUCUCAACAUUUCCUCUCCUCAUCGAGCCAACCCUGUAUACAGGUGAGCCUGGAUACUUCACUGACACCGAAGACUCCCCAACUGUUGAUGUUGUGGUGCCCGAAGUUGGUCCGAAUGCCCCAUUCGACACCAACCAUCCUGACAGUAACGAAAAUGAUAGCAACAAUAACAACCAGUGUGCUAAUAUGGAUAAGUUGAAGGGUGAUAUGGAUUGGAUUGAUGAUGUAAGACAAUCUCUAGAGUCGAAAAAUGAAUUAUAA